CCGAGACACAACUUCCUCUCAAUUGCUUCCGACUCUCACUCUACCAGCACUACUCAAUUUCUCAAUCCCAAACUUCAAUUGCUCAGUAUGGCACCUCUACAGGUUGGCGACGGCUUCCCGGAAGGGGUCAAGUUUGACUGGGUCCCUAUCAUUGACUCCGACCCCAAGACUUGCGGCCGUCCUCAAGAAUACGAUGCGAGCAAGGAAUGGAAGGGCAAGAAGGUGGUUCUUUUCUCCGUCCCCGGCGCGUUCACUCCCAGCUGCCAGGCCAACCACCUUCCUGGAUACAUUGCGAAGCUCGGCGAGUUCAAGAGCAAGGGUGUCGAUGUCGUCGCUGUCAUUGCCUCAAAUGACGCUUGGGUGAUGAAUGCUUGGGGCAAGAUCAACGGCAUUCAGGGUGAUGAUAUUCUCUUCCUCAGCGACACAAAGUCUGGUCUUUCCAAGAACCACGGCUGGAGUGCUGGCCCUGACCGCAAUGGACGUUGGGCCAUCGCCAUCGGCACUGACGGCAAGAUCGUCUAUGCCGACCACGAGGAGUCUCCUGGCCAGGUCACCGUCUCUGGUGCCGACGCCGUUCUUGCCAAGUUGUAGAUGUCACGCUGACUACAGCUUGAGAUAUGCACUUCAUGGACGGACUCAAACUUGGGUAUGAGAAGCCAUAAGCUGCAUCAUCAAAGAUAGACAGAAGCUUCAAGAAUGAAAUAAACAUCAAUUAAAACA